AUGGCAGUACCUAAAGACGCCAUCCCGUCCUUGGCGGAAUGCCAGUGCCAAAUCUGCACAGAAAUAUUUAUCGAACCUGUAACCCUCCCGUGUAACCACACACUCUGUAAUCCGUGCUUCCAAUCGACAGUUGAAAAAGCAAAUUUAUGCUGCCCCUUCUGCCGCCGCCGGGUCUCUUCGUGGACCAGGUACCAUACCCGAAGAAAAACUCUUGUUAAUAUGGAACUGUGGGAAACCAUUCAAAAACACUAUCCAAAAGAAUGCAAGCUGAGAGCCUGUGGACAAGAAUCAGAGGAAAUCGUUGAUGACUUUCAACCAGUUCGGGUAUUAAGUAUACCUGGAGAAUUAAGAAGAGAAUAUGAAGAAGAGAUAAGUAAGGUGGAGGCAGAACGACGAGCCAAUGAAGAAAAAGAAAACAAAGCUAGUGAAGAAUACAUACAGCGAUUAUUGGCAGAGGAGGAAGAAGAGGAGAAAAGACAAGCAGAAAAAAGGCAAAGAGAGAUGGAAGAACAGCUGAAAAGUGAUGAAGAACUGGCAAGAAGACUCAGCAUUAAUAUCAGCAGUGUCUGUGAGAGAAGUGUCGUGGCUUCUCCCUUGAAUUCCAGGAAAUCUAAUUCAGUCACAGUCAAGUCACAAAAGAAAAGUAAGAACUUUCCAAAAAACACUGGAGAUAUUCAGAAGUAUUUGUCUCCUAAAUCUCUAUUUGGUUCAGCAUCACAAUCUGAAGAUAAGCAAAGCUCCAUAUCUAAGGAAAAUGACAGUGGUGAUUUGGCGAGCCCUUUGUGGCCAGACACAGAAAUUGAAGAAGACAUGCCGACACUUUCUCCACAAAUAUCCCCUGACAUUGAAGAACAGGAUGCAGCAUCUUUAGUAGAGUCACCGAUGCCUCAGUUAAGUGCCUGUGGUUCAGAAUGGAGCACUGAAGGAGAAGUGAAAACAGCACUGAACAAUCAUGAUAAAGAAUUAUGUGUCUUAAAUCCUGAAGACCCUCAAACUAAAUUGUUUAGAAAAACUGAUGUUAAUCAUUGUGGCAGAACACAGAGUGGGCUCUCUAGUGUGACAGAUAUAGUUACAACUACAAACAGCACAGUAGAGGCAAAAAAUGAAGAGACUAGCCUGCUGAACAGCAUUGAUACUUCCAAAAGAAAAAACCAGGAACCUUCCUCUGAAACAGUUAAAGAUCCGUGCAUUUCUCCAAAAAGAAGAAAAGUGUUCCCCAAAAUUUCCACAGACCAAGAGGAAGCAGAAAUCAACUUUACCCAGAAACUGAUAGAGUGGGAGCAACUACUUUUUGAGAGACAUAAGCAAGAAGAGCAGGACAGAUUGCUAGCAUUACAACUUCAGAAAGAGGUGGAUAAAGAACAAAUGAAGCCAAACCGGCAGAAAGGCUCCCCAGAUGCGUAUCAGUUACGUACUACAACCAUUUAUCCAGACAAAUUGCCAAAUGGACAGAAGAAUUCCAAAGAUAAGAACUUCCAGAAACAAACUGACAGAGAACAUCCACAAAUGAGGAGAGGCUCAAGAGAUGAAAACUGCCAGCCACCUUUGAAACACUUAGAUACUUUUAAUGGCCAGAGGAAGCCAAAUUCUACUAAAGAUCGUUGUAAUGCCCGUUCCCUGCAGUCUAGUAAUUCACAGAGGAGUAUUUUUCAAAUGUUUCAGAGAUAUAGAAAGUAA